GCCGCUCCAGCCCGACUACCCCAGUCUCAAGUCUCAAAACCCCGACCGCACAAUGCGAACAUCGUAGCCCGACGCCAAAAAUGGGUGCCAGCGAUUCGAAGCUCGUCUUCAAAAAGGGCAUCUUCCGGCUCUCCGAGGAGCGGCACAUUCCUCCCAACGAACCGUACUGGGCCUCAUUCUGGGAGCUGCCCGAAUCCUCCGAAGACAUCUUCAGCCUCUUCGCCCCGGCUGAUGUGCGCCGCACCCGCGACAACGCGCUCGAGAACCUCGAGAGCCUGAUCAGAGCCGUGACGGACCGCCUGACGGUGCUCCGCCACCACCCCUCCUUUCCCGACCCGGACCUCGCCCCCGACCGAGAAGCUCUGAACUGCAUCCGCGUCCUCACCCGGGUUCUCCCCUUCAUCUACGAAAAGGAAUCGCUGCAGCAAUGGCAAGACGAGCUGCUAUGGUCGCCGCGGCGAAAGCCGACCAGGAAGGCGACCAUCGCCAACGAGGUCCUUUUCGAUGGGGGUACGGAUGCGCCGCCCAAGGCGGCCCCCGACGACUUCGAGGAUGCGAAGCCGCUCGCCGAAGAGCUGAUAGACACCCUGCUCGAUCUCCUCUUCUUCUCGGACCUCACCGUGCCCAAGGCCCCGCAGGGCAAGCCGAAGGUGACCUACGCUAUCUGGCAGAGCGGCGUGGGAUGCAACGCGUCAAUACCUACCACAAGAGAGCACGAGAGUAAUCGCUCCGAGAUCCUGCGGCUGCUCUUGACUCUGGCGAGCCACAGCAUGUACCUUACGCCCAGCGUCUUGCCGCAGCAGGGAACCAAGGCGCUCACGUACAUCUGCACCAAUCCGGACAAGCAGGUCGUCCUGUCCGUCCUAUGUUCGCUCUGGCGCGUGCCGUACAACGCCCUGGUCCUGAAAGACCCCAAAGAGAUCCUCGUCACAUACACACUCCAGCUGCUCUUGGCAACCUUGCUCUAUCCCAUCCCCGAACAGGCGGGCGUUCCGACACCGAAAAAUUACUACCGUCAUUUCCUCGGCCGCCUACACCGGCCACAGGACUUUCAGUUUGUGGUAGACGGCAUGACGCGGAUACUGAACCAGCCGUUGCAGACCAAUUCUUCCUACAUACCGGGAGCCCAGCCGCCCGUCAGAUUUGCUCCCGAAAUCAUAAUGCUCUUUUGGGAGAUGACGCAGUGCAACAAGCGCUUCCGGUCGUUCAUUGUCGACACGGAGAGGGCCCAUGACUUUAUCAUCCUGAUCCUGUUCUACGCCCUCGAAUACAAGAAUGAUGCUUCCAAGCAGGGCUUGGUAAGGAUGUGCGCUUUCCUGCUACAGACCCUCAGCGUGGAGAAGAACUUCGGGGUGAACCUGAACAAGUCGUUCGAGGCCCAGGAUACGCUCCCUCCCGCCAUCCGCAUCGCCGGAUUCAGGGGCACGUACGCGGACUUUCUCAUCCAGUCCAUCUACGCGCUCAUCACUACCAGCCAGGGCAGACUCACGGCCAUAUACCCCGCGCUUCUGGCAGUGAUCAACAACAUCGCCGCGUAUCUGGAAGGCCUCAGCGCCCCGACUUGCGCUAAGAUCAUGCAGCUGUUCAACUCUAUGUCCUCGCCCUCCUUUCUGUUGGCCAAUGAGACCAACCACCGCCUGUUGAGGUCCUUGUUAGAGGCCAUCAACGCCAUUAUCGAGCAUCAAUAUAACAAGAACCCCACUUUCAUCUUCGCCAUACUAAGGAAUAGAAAGCGAUUCGAGGCGCUGCGGUCACUGACGCUAGAAAGCGGCCAAGAGGAAAUAGAGCGACGAAAUCGGAAGCACAAGGAUAGCGGCACUUCUCACGACCCGCUGGGCCCUAACUCGACGAGGAGCUCAAUCGAGAGCGCCAGGGGUCCGGCGGCCGCGCCCUCACGGCAACCAACAACGCUUGGCGAUGUCCCGGAGGAUAACACUUUCGCAAUCGGCGACGACGAAGACGACAGUGACGACGAGGCACGGCCAACGCCGGCAGCCUCGAGCCCCAGCGAAAACCCAUCAGCACCAUCAUCUGUGGCGUCGGCGGCAGAAGACGAGGUGCCGAGACAGUUGCAAGGCAUGUCUGAGAAGGCCCGAGGAAAGAUGCCGGCGGGAGCAGGCGCCUUUUCUCGCCAAAACAGCAUCGCCGGCCUUGGAAGUGCCUCCGCUGGCCAGACGAUGAUGUCCGGGCGAUUCGAGCCCUCGGCGCAGUGGAUGGAGAGCUGGCUACCCGAGCUGCCCCUCCACACGACGCUGACCGUCCUGCAGCAGCUGUCGGUUCUCAUCCCGCGGCAGGUCCUCGCGUCGGACGCGCCCACGCAUGCCACGCUGGCCAAGAUCCGGGAUGUGCAGCUCGUCGGGGUCGAGCCGUCGCCCGUGCGGGUCCACUCGUUCGAAUGGUCGCCCCUGGCGCUCGGGUGGUACGAGUCGCUCCUCUGGGGCCUCGUCUUUGCCAGCGAGUUGCAAGUGUCCAAGGGGACCGUCGGCGUGUGGAACACGACGCAGAUCAAGCUGUUCCGUGUCCAGGAGACGGCCGCACAGGGCCCCUCUCUAACCUCGCCGCGGGGAGCCGUGGACGCGGUGGGGAACAAUAUCGUGUCGCGCAUCGGGGCCAUCAACCUGCGCGGGGUUGGGAACCCCUCGGCGCCAGUGACGGGGGCUAAUGGGCAGUCUCCUGCUCGAGGCGCUUGAGUGGUUGGGAUACCUUUUUUUUUUUUUUUUUUUACGCUGGGGAAGAUCAGGGAAGAGGCUAGUUGGUUUUGGGAACAGUCUAUUCCUCGUCCACCGUGUGGGUGGGAUGAAGUUGCGAGGGUCAUUGCAUCAUGGAUCCGGUAAUGGGAUGUGUGUGGCACCAACGGAGAGAGAGAGAGAGAGUAUCGAGUUUUCAAGACGUCAGGCGUUUGCCCGAUGGAAGGCAACGAGGCCCUGAGUACCCUUUGGAGCUGUCACUGCCAAUGAUGGGCAAACCGGUUAUGUGAUGUGUGGAGAAUGUUUGUAGAAAGAAAGAUGCCCUGAUUAUCGUUCG